AUGUGCCAGAAGUGCUUCUUUAACGGCCGCAAAGCUAAGAACCACAAGCUGACGCAUCCUAUGCAGGAGUAUUGCACUGCUACUACUUCGGGCGAAGAUGUGCGUGACUUCACUCGUGCGUUGCGCAAUAAGUUCAAGUCAGCUCGCUACUUCAAGAAGCAUCCUCGAGUUGGAUACCUUCCCGUGCAAACUGUGCUUGAAGGUGAUGCUUUGGAGUCUCCGGCUCCAUCUCCUCAACACGGCAGUGCUUCAGGCUCAGCCCUUGGAGGUGAUGACAUGCAUUCACGACUGGAACUGUACGCCACCAGGCUGGCUCAAGUGGAACUCGGAGCCAAAUCUGGAGACACUCCUGACAGUGACGAAGAACAUCAGCUGAUUGCCCAAUACUGCGCUUCUCUCAAUGGCGGCGGAGAAACUGAUGACGCACCACGCUCGCCAGUACAGGUCGUCUCCAUCAUACAUCGCGAGCAGAGACACGAACUUGAGGCUAUGAUCCGAGAGCUGGAGGAAGAGAAUGCCAGUCUCCAAGCUGAAUACGAGCGUCUGAAGGCUAAGCAGACACCUGGAUCUACUCCUGAGGAGCAGCACGGAGUCAAUGAUAACAGGAACGCUCCUGUCGACCAGGACAUGAUGGCUGAAGCCCGUCUACUAAGGCAGCACAAGGGUCGCUUGGAGGCACGCAUGCAGAUCCUCGAGGAACAUAACCGACAGCUCGAGGCUCAGCUGCAGAGACUGAGGAGACUGCUCGAUGAGGCAACUAUCAGAUCAAAUAGCAACCAUUAUUGUUUUCCAGCCCAAGGUUCUCCACCAGCUCGCACGGGCACGCUGCAGACUCGUUCUGUGACUGCUUCGCAACUUGCUACCGAUUCUCCGGCAAAAAUGCAUAAUGGACUUUACCACGAGUCGCAAACUAACGGAGGUACUCGCUGGGCGGGCGCGGAGCGGGAGACGUUGGAGCGUCCUCCACCACCGCCGCACCAGGUGCACUCGCUCAUGCACUGCGCAGAUGACCUUGGCCGCGCUGUCGAAGAACUAGUGUCAGUAAUGACGGAGGACACACAAAACCAAACAUCGAACUCUCCUCCACAAUACACCAACGGCAAGCCACCAACCAAAGAGUAG